AAAAUUUAGUUGCUAAUAACAUAUUUUUGUUUAGCAUGGGUAUUACAGCAUGUUGUACAUAUAUAACACUAGCCAUUGCCGCUGUAUCAGCGUUACUUGCGUAUUAUAACUGGAAUAUUGAAACGUUUGUUGAAUUUUCAAAAACAUUCGAUUCAAUUCCUAUUAACACCUCACCUGAAACCAAAGUUGCAAAUUCAUGGAAAGAAAUAAUUCAAUAUCCACAAAAACACCAUCGAUUCGACCGCAUUGCUGUUGGAGUAAAUGGAAAUGUUGACAUCAUUCUGAAAGGAUCAAAACUCCUAAGUCUCCUUGAUCCGUCUUCUAACUCUUCUGGGAGACCUAGUGAUGAUCAUGAGAGUCUUAAAACUAUAGAAGACCUAAAAUCAACAUUUGCAUACCACCAUAGCAAAGGGGCCGGGGGAGAGAGGUAUAUGGAAAACAAAGAGGAUUUUCGGAAAGUUCUGGAAGCUGCAACCAAAGUUCAAAAUGCUGAGUACUACAUCGGUGGAAAUGCUGCUUUGAUGGCACAGAAACUUGCGACCAUCAUACAUGAUGAUGGGAAAGUAACUGUGGGCGUUCCUGUUGGUCCAAAACUUAAACCACUCCUACACCCCAUGCUUAAAGUGUCUUCUACAUCGUUAGUAGACAAUGAUGAAUAUCAUAUGAUACUUGAGUAUGGUAAAGGUGAAAGUUGGGCGGGUAAAGUUGCCCCGAUCGCUUCACGAUUCAUCUUCUCACAUGAUGUGAGUAAUUCACAAAUGUUGGCGUUUGAACCUUUCAUUCAAAGUCUUUCACAUUUCAAUCCAGAUCUUAUUGUAAUAUCAGGUUUCCAUCUCCUUGAAAGUCAGGAGAUGACAUAUUGGAGGAAGAGGAUCGGUGAAAUCGCCGAUCUUAUUCUUCCUUUAUCCCAUGAUGUUCCCAUCCAUGUUGAGUUAGCAAGCAUGGCAAAUGAACAAUGCAUUACUCAGAUUGCAAAUCAGAUAUUCCACCUGGUUGAUUCAAUCGGCCUCAAUGAGCAGGAGCUGUGGUUGAUCUGCAAAGCAGGUGGAGGACCUCACUGCUCCUCCCACCUUAGUGGUCCUCCAUCAAUCCCUGUUGCAAACGACAUUAUUGAAUGGAUGUUGAAGAAAUACUCCUCCUCACCCAGAUCCCGCCUCACUCGAAUUCACUUCCACACACUCCCGUACCAUGUUAUAGCAACCCACGCUGCCUCCCGGUGGCGAAACCAGGCUUCCUCUAUCGCUGCCGGAACCCGUAUCGCGUGCACUCAAGCAUGUGAUGAUGACAACAUCGCACAGCAUCCAGACAAAGUAAACCUUCGCGUCCAAGGGAAGAUCCGUCUUUCCGUCUCCGACUCAGCAUCGCAAGAAUUUGAUCCAAGUCACCCCACCAUGACGUGGCAAAAAUCGAGUAUCUCAUUUUUCUUUAGUCCAGUUUUGAUUUGCAAGAAACCCCUAAAAACUGUCGGUCUUGGUGACGCAAUAUCCGCAAGUGGUCUACUUUAUUCAGGAUUUGCAUAAACAUUUUAUAAAUUUCAAUUUUUCGCAUAAUGUUCUGUUUUUUAUUUUUUCUGGUGGUAUUUAUGUAAAACAUGUAAGGUGAUUAGCUAGUUUUGAAAGUGCUUUUGCUAUAGAAAUAAUCAUAUAUCCAUUAGAUGCUACACGUUUUGCAUAAGUAGAUAGACUACACACUUAAUAUGCAUUCAGUAGUUCGCACAUUGCAGUCUAACAUCCAUAGCAGACAAGGUGCACCAACAUUCCUACAUUUUGUCUCUUCAAACCAAACAAGUUAUUGCCCAGUCCAGCAUUGCUGUAUGCACCUGCUUCUAAUGCAGCUUGCUACAUCUAUUUCAUUUCUAUUUUAAUUAAUGAGAUUCUAAAAUAUUUCUUGGGCUUUUUUACUCUUUUUGUAUUACCAAUCCAGACAUAGGCCUACACAUGCAUGAGUUUGGUAUGUGAUUUAACUUCAUACUCCAAUCUCAUAUAGACAAAUUUUAAAUUUUCCACUGAACAUCACAUUAUUAUCAUUGGUUAUGCUGUCCUAAAACUUUGCACCUUUUGAAAGUUUGUGAGUUCUUCACAAUUAUUUAUCAAAUUAUACAGAUGAUAAUUAUCCUUGACACGUUAUGCACUAAUACGCGUUGGUAAUAAAACACUGCGCGAUUUUUAAA